CAGGGAAAAAAAGGCAGAUUUGUAGAGAGAGAACGGAAACUCAACCAAAACGCAUAGACUUUCAGUGAGAGAGGUCUGAUUUCUCCUCCAAUGUCUCCAAAUCUCCAGAUUUCGUCUCCAGCUAUCCCCACUUCUUCAGGGGACUGUUAAGUAUCCUUUCAGCAUAUAGUUAGCAAUCUUCCCUGUGUAAUAUCUUCUGUAUCGUCCUAAAGAAGCUAGAUGGGUUCGAGGUUCCCAUCUCAUCAACUCAGCAAUGGCCUUUAUGUGUCAGGCAGGCCUGAGCAGCCUAAAGAAAGGACUCCAACCAUGAGCUCAGUAGCCAUGCCCUAUACUGGUGGUGACAUUAAGAAGUCAGGAGAAUUGGGGAAAAUGUUUGAUAUCCCUGUGGAUGGCUCUAAAUCCAGGAAAUCUGGACCCAUAAAUAGUGCUCCUUCCAGAACUGGAUCUUUUGGAGGUGCUGCUUCACAUUCUGGACCAAUCAUGCCUAAUGCAGCACCCCGAGCUGGAUAUACCACCUCUGGGCCUGUUCCCUCUGGAGGUAUUUCCAGCUCAGCCUCAUUGAAGAAGUCAAAUUCUGGACCAUUGAAUAGACAUGGGGAUCCUAUUAAGAAAUCAUCAGGCCCACAGUCUGGUGGAGUAACACCAAGUGGACGCCAGAAUUCUGGCCCUCUUCCUCCUGUUCUCCCUGCAACUGGUCUCAUUACAUCUGGUCCCAUCUCUUCUGGCCCAUUAAAUUCAUCUGGGGCUCCUCGGAAAGUAUCAGGUCCUUUGGAUUCUAUGGGAUCAAUGAAAGUCCAAGGUGCUGCUGUUGCUCAUAAUCAGGCUGUUACUAUUCUUAACCAAGAUGAUGACUUUUCUUUCAUGAGGAACUUUCCGAAACCAAUAUUAUGGUCACUGGUACUGCUUUUUGUGAUGGGCUUCAUUGCCGGUGGUUUUAUUCUGGGAGCAGUUCACAAUGCCAUUCUCCUUAUUGUUGUUGUCAUUCUUUUUGGUGCUGUUGCUGCAUUAUUUGUUUGGAACUCCAGUUGGGGAAGAAAUGCUAUUAUGGGUUUCAUUGCUCGUUAUCCUGAUGCUGAGCUUAGAAAUGCAAAGAAUGGGCAGUUUGUGAAGAUCUCUGGGGUGGUAACCUGUGGGAAUGUACCUCUCGAGUCAUCCUUCCAGAAAGUUCCCAGAUGUGUAUAUACAUCUACAAGUUUGUAUGAGUACCGGGGAUGGGAUUCAAAAGCUGCAAAUCCUACACAUCGUCGUUUUACUUGGGGACUUAGGUUGUUGGAAAGGCGUGCAGUUGACUUCUACAUCUCAGAUUUCCAGUCUGGGUUGAGAGCAUUGGUAAAAACGGGUUAUGGAGCAAGGGUGACUCCUUAUGUUGAUGACUCAUUAGUAUUUGAUGUCAACCCUGCUAUUGAAGAGUUGUCUCCAGAGUUCAUCAGAUGGCUGAGAGAAAGGAACCUUUCAAGUGAUGACCGUCUAAUGCGAAUGAAAGAAGGAUAUAUUAAAGAAGGAAGCACUGUAAGUGUUAUGGGCGUUGUUCAAAGGAAUGACAACGUGCUGAUGAUUGUACCUCCACCCGAGCCAAUCACAACAGGAUGCCAAUGGGUGAAAUGCAUCUUCCCAGCUAGUCUUGAGGGUAUUGUAUUGAGAUGUGAAGACACAUCUAAGAAUGAUGUGAUACCAGUUUAGUAGCAUGUGUAUUGUUCUCUUUUUCUGCUAUUGCUAACUUGAGAUCUAUUCUUUUUAAUAU